ACUAAAAGAGAUGUAGCUUUUGAUGAAGCAUGGAAGAAGAAAGUCUUACCAUUCUCGAACAACAUUGAAGAAAUUCUACAACAGAAGCUGCACACACUUGGUCAAGUGUUGAUGCGCUUGAAUAUCCAAGUGACACUGAUGUUGGUGAGCAAGAAAUGCUCAACCAAGCAAACUCGGUGAAAAGGAAAUGACACCUCAACAACUUAGGCGGUCCUAAAGAAUCCAAAAGGCAAAUCGUAAGUAUGUCAAUGCAACUAUUAGAGAAGACAAAUGACCAAUAAAGUCCAAAAGUCAAAUCCUAAGUACGUCAACGCAACUAUUAUAGAAGACGGAUGACCAAUAUGGUACAAUGAAUGAGUGUUAGUGUUGAGGGAGGAUGUUAAAAGAUUAUCACUAGCCUAAUAAUGUCAAGCUCAAUAAUUUUACGAGUCUAUUAUCUAGAAGUUUCAAAUGUUCUAAAAAGAUUUAGAUAUCUAGAUACUUCAGAAAUAAAUCUAGACCAUAUAUAAAUACCCUUCCACUCCACCAAGUUUUUCAUCUAAGAAAAGAGAAUUGUAGUAGUAUCCUCUAAAGAGUGUCUUAUAAUCACUUGGUCUUAAUAAAAAGUAUGAGUGUUUCCCACAGAAGAGUUGGGGCCAACAUUAGCAAUGUGCUAACGUGGAUGCUGACAAGGAAAUAGUGCUCCAUCACCUCCCAAAAAGUGCAGAAAUGGAUGAUAACCUGAAUAAAACACUUGGGUUUAGUGAUUCUGCAGAAAGGCCAAUUCUUGAGCAUCAAAGUAGAUUUCUUCAGGACAGGUUAUUACUAAUUAUGAAUGAUUAAGUUCUUUGAUCUCUCUUCUUCUUCCUAGAGAACCAUGACUUUUAUUUACAUUUACCCCCUUCCUCUCAAACGCUGCCUGCCUUAAUUAUGAUAUUGAACUCUAACAGUUACGUAUUUCUAUUUUACACAACAAUAAACUUUCUUAAAAGAAAGUUUAAAGCUCUAUAACGUCGUUUAAAAUUUUACACGUUGUUCUGUGUUGUGGGUUGAAUUUUAGUAUAUUCCCCCAUCUUUUCCUGCCAUUUUCCUGCUUAAUUUUAUUGUGAACGUUUCUUUUUAACUACCGAGAGAAUUAAUUGAUAUGAGAGGUGGAAGAAGCAUGCUAUGCAGAGCUGUUGACCAUAAUUUGAAAAUGCUGCGAAGACUUAUGGCUUCAGUGUAUGAUACCUCCUGCAAAUGUGUGCUCAUUUCACUUAUUCGUUUCACGAUUAUAAUGUUCCUCCAUUUAAGGAUAUGGGAUUUUUAAUAUAUCACUUGGUUCCUUUACUGCUCAUUUAGUUGCUGCUGUCAGUUUAUUACUUCCGUUGACAAGCAAACUUGAAUUGUGGUCGAUUCAUAAUUUACAUGAGGAAUUAGUAGUUUUAAACCUUCAUAGUUCUGUAAUGUCUUGGAUUAUAUUAUUUUUGUUCGAUUAAGGCAUCAUUCAUUCUUAUGAAUGGCUUCUUGCAUUUCUAAAUGUUUCAACAUUUCAGUGGUAGUUUUCUAUAGGUAUCUUUGGUGUCUAAAGAGAUGAUAAGCCUGAAGAAUAUUCUCCUCAUCACGGGUGCAUCUGUCAUUCAAUCGGGAGCUGUUCUCGAGCAUAUGAUUGGAGAGGCUUUACAAUCUCAUCAGCUAAAAUGGUCAGUAAAACAUUUCCAGGGGUCGAGGAACAAUUUUAUUGGGAAAUGUUGUUCUCUUCAAGAGAGUACACCAUCCAAAUGUUUAGCGACUAAGGUAGCAAUCCUGUUCUCCUUAAUACUUUUGGAUAGGCUACAGGUCUUUUUUAUACGAUCACCAUCAACGGAGCUACUCAGCCAUUUUAAUAUAAGAUUUGUGUUGCUGAAGGAGUCAGCAACCAACCAUUCUUACUUUAAGGUAUUAUUCAUUGUUGCCACAAAGAUAUACGGAAAAGCAUUGUGUUUCUUCAGUUCUGGUGCCAGGGUAAAAGAUUUAGAGGUGGAAGUUGAAGCACUGGUGAUACAAGGCCCGAAACUAGAGACAAUUUUGAGCCAAGUGAAGAAGCUUGAGGCAUCUGUUUUGGUGGUGCCCCAGAAAAAGCCUUCUCUGUUUGGAUGCUUCUGUGGGACCAGCAUCUCAGAGCAGCUUGUGGAACAGUGCAUCAGCCAUGCCGAUUGCUGUACAAUUGGAGUUAGAAAACAGAGCAAUGGCAUGGGAGGUUACCUUAUCAACACCAGGUGGCAGAAGAACUUCUGGCUUCUUGCUUAGUUGUCUCUAAUCUUAUCUUAACCCUGUAACUAAAUGCAGAUGACCUUAGAACACUCCAUCAAAGUUGGAAUGAUCCGAACUUCAGAUCUUUCAGUCUAACAAAAUUUAAUAAUUCAUCCAUUCAGAUGAA